GUUCCUCAUAUGAACAGUGCAAAGGAGGAGGAGGAGGAGGCGGGGAUCACAUCCGGGGCUGGUUUUAUUCUAAUAACGAACGUUCAACCCGGAAAGACGAACAAGAACAGGACUUUUGUGUUAUCCGAUCACACGAAUAAAUAAGCAAGGCGGGCAGGGUCUUCUGGUGCGAGCUGGACUUCAAAAAAGUUGUUUCUGAAACUGGUUGGCUUCCGCCAUGUUGGUCAACUGCUGUCACAAGUGUUCUUCCUAGCGGUCCUGGAAGCUGGUUGUGUUGGGACAAGACUCUGCGAAGCGGUGAUAUGUGAUAGCAGCAGCAUGCCGUACGUCGACCGUCUGAACCGUGUGUGUGGCUUCCUGGAUAUCGAAGAGAAAGAAAACAGUUGCCGCUUCCAGAGGCGUUACUUCAUCCUGGACACUCAGGGGAAUGCUUUGCUGUGGUACAUGGACAACCCUCAGAACCUGCCCAGUGGAGCAAGCUUUGUUGGCAGCCUGAGACUAACAUAUAUCUCCAAGGUAAAUGAAACUACAGGGAAGCAGAAGCCGAAGACAGAGUUCUGCUUUGUCAUCAAUGCAGUAUCCCGAAGGUACUUCCUCCAAGCCAAUGACGUGACAGAUAUGAGGGACUGGGUCACUGCUCUCAACCAAGCCAGCAAGAUUACGGUUCCCAAGUCUGGUCCCGCACCUCCAAGAUCUGAUGUGGCCACCGUUACGAGUGACUCUUACGGAGGGGGGAAACAGCAAGCAUAUAAGACGGAGAUCCACGGAGGCGUGGUGGUGCACACGCCCAUCCUGGUAAGCGCACGCCCCCAAAACUACAACUCGUGCCGUCGUGACAAAAACAUGUAUGCAGACGAUGUUUUGACGACACUCGGUUGUGAUAAUAAAGCGAGUGUCAUGUUGCAGAAUGAGAGCGUCAAGCCUAAUGUGCUGAGGUUCGGUUACUGUGUCAAACAAGGCAACGUUAGAAAAAGCUGGAAGAGGCGCUUUUUUACCCUUGAUAACAACGCGGUCAGUUACUACAAGUCUGAGAUGGACAAAGAGCCUCUGCGAGCCAUUCCCCUCCGGGACAUUCAGAAAGUUCACGAAUGCCUCGUCAAAUCAGGUGACCUCCUGCAGCGUGACAAUCUAUUUGAGAUCAUCACCGGAUCCCGAACCUUCUACAUACAGACAGACUCUCCAGAGGAUAUGCAUGGCUGGAUCAGGGACAUAGAGAUGAAGAUUCAGGAUUUCAGAGGCCCUGUCAAGGGAUUUUCGUUUAAAAGAGCUUCAUCUCUCUAUCGGAGUCACAAUCCUUCCGCAAAUCGAAGUCACCGAGUCGCCGAGCAGCGGCCAACUCUCGUCAAGUCGUGCUCCGUGGCACCGGGCUGGCAGCCGUGGACACCUCUCCCUGCGAAUGAAGCCUCCAUCUUGGAUGCGGAGGACAAUGACAGCGCUUUUAGCACCGUACCCACAUUGGCCUCACUCUCCUCCUCCCCCAACUCUUCCUCCACAUCCUCCUCCUCCAACUCUCUCUCAACUCUAGCCCCGUGCCCCAGCAUGCCCAGUAGUGGAAUGGGCAUCCUCACGGCUUCUGGAGAUGUGGCGUUCGGCCGUCGGAGGCAUCGUUCGCAUCCUCAGUCUCACACAGGCUGCAUGUUCCCCUUUAACCUGGAUGAUGACAGCAUCCGCACCACUGAUGUUUAGGUUCUGUGGUUCUAUGUGGUUCUUGUUACAUGCACGUGACUGGUCAUUGUUGCAUACCUGUCAACCUCGGCUAAUACCUGCCUUAUAAAUGAUUACGAUUCCCCUUACAAAGCCACAAAAACCCGUGCCACGGCUUACCGCGCAUGCGCACAUCAUGCUUUAUCAAUCCGACCGUACGCGGCGAUGAAAAAAAAAUAUACGAUUGAGGAUUACUUUUGCUGGUUUGCCAUAACAAUAGUAGCGAUCGACAUUGUCGUUGGCUACCAGUAGGUGAGAUGAUCUGGAUUUGAGCCAAAAUGGUCUUGUGAGAUCAGUUCACAGAUGUUGUUGUUUUUUGUUUUUUUUGGGGGUGGGGUCCCUGUAUAAAAGUUGUAAUACGCCGUACAUGAUUUGAAAUGAUUUUUAAAAAAACGUAGAAAAUACGGGGAAAACGUUCAUGUUGACAGGUAUGUUGUUGUAUUCCUUACUAACAAGGUGAGCCGGUGUUGAUGACAUGACCAUUGAUGGGGGCCCACAGCUGGUCAUGUCGAUGUGUUACAGAUAAUGUGGGUAGCAAGAGGAACAGUAGUGUUGAAUUGUAAAAGGGCUGUUAAACAUGAUAUUUUUUUCAUGCAGCUUCUGCUAAAAACUUGAAUUAUGAUUGUUCCUGCAGGGCUAGCAACGAUGGCACAUGUAUUUAACCCUUUGCACUCAAUUUAACCUUGUCGGUACAAAAAAAAAUCUAGAGAUUCUCAAGCGUGUGUAUUUUGAUAGUUCAUAUGUCUUCUCUUUUAACAUUCUUUCCACGAGAGACAUGAGGCACAGCAGCCUUCAACAUUCAACAAGCAUUUCCUGGCCACAAACGAGACAAGUGAAAGUGUUCCGUCAACCUCAAACUCAACACAACCAUGUAGAUUGAACCAUCAGCGCUUGUUACACGGGAAGUGAUGACGCCAUAAUAAAUAAUACAAUCACUCAACAUGGUACUUGAUGAAGAAUGAAAACCUGGUGAGCAGGUUUCGAGGAUUCUAAAUGUGAUUUCCCCCUGCGUGCAACAUUAUGAGGAUGUCAACGAUGCCACUUCUAAUUUAUUAGCAAUUUUGCACUUAGGUUGUUUGCUACCUUUUUUAUAUGCUUCACCACUUUCACAACUUCCUCACGGAUGUCUCAAAUAGUUUGUGUUGUAACACCUGAGGCUUCUGCUCAUGCCUGAAUGCUUUGUUAACUCGUUCGCCUGCACAUACUGUUGGUUUUCAUUCUUGAUAAUAAAUUUUUAUUUUAUAUUUGUCUUA